CUGUGCUCUAUAAUCAACUCGAAAAGCAUUUCGGAACUAGACGUUAUGACGAAUUGUGAUUUAUCAGGAUAAUCGAAACGUAAUUACACCAAUAAACUGUUAUGAUCACAAUAAGCGUUCCGUAUUGGUCACACUUGAGGUGAUUUUCAUGUAAUUGAGGUAAAGCAAUUAAAUAAACACGUGAAAAUGGACUUCGCACAGCCGCCUCCGAAUAUGAGCGUGCCGCCUCCUGGCAUGCCCGGGGGUCCCAAUUUGUCCAUGCCUCCGCCAAACAUGACCGGACAAGGUGGCUACAACAAUAUGAAUAAUCGACCAGGAUUUAGGCCAUUCAUGAACAUGUCGAGGCCUCUGCCUGGGGCUUUGAACAACAUGACACUGGAGGAUUUUGAUGGCAAGAGGCUAAGAAAGUCUGUUAUGAGAAAGACAGUUGAUUAUAACUCAGCAAUAAUUAAGGAACUCGAAUGUAGAGUAUGGCAAAGGGAUUACCGUGACCGUAGGGCGUUACAACCCGAUGCCAUGUACUACCCCGACAUGAUGCCGCCCCCAAGUUACCAAGACAACCCGAUCAACUGCGUAACCACCCGAUUCGUGAAAACGGCGACGAAUAAAAUGAGGUGUCCUAUAUUUUGCAUGGCCUGGACGCCGGAAGGCCGAAGGUUGGUAACGGGUGCCAGCAGCGGAGAAUUCACUUUAUGGAACGGUUUAACGUUCAAUUUUGAAACCAUUCUGCAGGCACACGACAGUCCGGUUCGUACAAUGGUGUGGAGUCACAACGACAGCUGGAUGGUGACCGGGGACCAUGCGGGGUACGUCAAGUAUUGGCAGUCCAACAUGAACAACGUCAAAAUGUUCCAGGCGCAUAAAGAGGCCCUCCGUGGCAUAAGCUUCAGCCCCUCAGACACCAAGUUUGUAACAUGUUCGGACGAUGGUACUCUCAGAAUUUGGGACUUUUUACGAUAUCAAGAGGAGAGAGUACUCAGAGGACACGGUGCCGAUGUAAAAUGCGUCCACUGGCAUCCACAAAAAUCUCUUAUCAUCUCUGGCAGCAAAGACAAUCAACAACCAAUUAAAUUAUGGGAUCCAAAGACCGGGCAAUCUUUAGCAACACUGCAUGCACACAAGUCAACCGUUAUGGAUCUCAAAUGGAACGACAACGGAAAUUGGUUAAUAACGGCUUCGAGGGAUCACUUACUGAAGCUGUUCGAUUUGAGGAAUCUAAGUCAAGAAGUACAAACAUUCAGGGGCCAUAAGAAGGAGGCCUCUAGCGUUGCCUGGCAUCCUAUUCACGAAGGGCUGUUCUGCAGUGGUGGAUCUGAUGGUGCUAUUAUGUUUUGGCAUGUAGGUGCUGACAAAGAGGUGGGUGCCAUUGAACAGGCCCAUGAUAGUAUAGUGUGGACGUUGGCCUGGCAUCCAUUGGGACACAUUUUAUGUUCCGGAUCAAACGAUCAUACCAGUAAAUUUUGGACGAGGAACAGACCUGGUGAUCAAAUGAGGGACAAGUACAAUUUGAACACGUUACCAGCCGGUAUUGAUGGAUUGGAAGACAUGGAUGUUGAUGUCAAUGUGGGAUCAAAUAAUGAGCCUUCCUCCAUUAUACCCGGAAUGGGACCUGAAGAUAAAGUGGAUAUCACGUCAAUUAUUUCGGAUGGUAACGCUACCAUCCCCGGCCUGGACCUUGACCCACUUGCGAACGCCAACGACGAUAAACCAAAAGCGAAGAAAGUACCGUUCAGUAAACCCAUUCCUAGAAAUUUCCAGGCUCAAUGGAACGAAACAGAUGAUGGGCCGGGUAGUAUAAAUGAGGUGCUUACACAGUUAGUAGAGAACACUCCUGGGGUUGUACCAUUGCAAAAGAUUGCCCCCAAUGCUAUUAUUGUAUACGGAAAACUAAUACCUGUUGAGCCGGGUUCUAAACUGGAACAGGCUAUCGCUGACGGCCCGGAAGCUUUACAAAAGUAUAUAGAUUCAGGGGAAAUAGAAGAAUUGCACGAUGUAAUGCCCAUAAAGGACGAUGACGAAGAUUAUUUAAACGAUCCAUUAGACGAUGAGCCUAAUAAAGCAGUUACUGAUUUGGUUACUGGGGUUUAUCCUAAUGAUCAAGAUCUGAGGAGUAAUGAUAUGGACAUGAGGUUUAUGUCCAGGGACAAUGAAAUUAGACAAAUGGGAGAUAUGGAUUUCAGGGUUCAAGAUCAGGACUUUAGAAACAAUCACGAUUAUGAUAUGAGGAACGACGGGGGAGAGGAAGACUACCGGUACAAUUCAAAUUCCGGAGAUCAGGACUUCAGAAACUUCUAUGAAGAAGAAGAAUACAAUGAAGAGUACUACGAUUGGCAGAGGAACGGAAACAAUUACGAUAAUAGUUACCGCGGCGGGCCUCCCCCGGGGCCCAACAGAAACAACUUCCGAAACCAACCGAACUAUAACAGGAAUGACCCUAACAAUGGGCAGCAAGAUUGGAAUAAGGACUUCAGAGGUCGAGGUCGCGGUAGGGGCAUGCCCAGAGGUAUCAUGAGAGGUGGUAGGGGUAACCCAAGAGGUAAUCCAAGAGGACAGAGAGGCAUGAUGAGGGGCGGCCCAAAUAUUAGGGGAGAUAAAGGUGCAAACCGUGGUCAGCCUGGCCGAGGAAGAUUUUCGAUGUAAAAUAUUUUUGUAUUUAACUGAUCGUGAUUUUGAUUUUUUUAAUUUAAAUAUUUUCAUGUAUAGGAUCAUGUUAUAUUUUCUUUUUGAAAUAUAUUAUUUUAGUAAA